AAAGGUUUACCUGUGCGAAACUCUCUCGACAAGUCGUUCAUGCAACUAACGACGACUAAAUUACUCGAGACUCUCGAGAAGCAAGCUAUCUAAAAGAUAAGACGACGACGCUUACCGUCUCCUAUACUAGAUUAAGUGAAUUUUAUUUUCUCUUAUCGUUGCCAAAAAUAACCGAAAAAAUGCAUAGUAAGAUGAGUCAGGUUUUUUAUUCUAGUUAGCAUCGUUAUCGUUUCAUAACAAAAACAAAAAUAUUGUACUUAAGAAGUAAAUAGUGCUUAUAUAUCUGAAAAUACGAUAAAGGAUAUAAAAGAAGAUUAGAAGAGUAUUCAAGUCUCGAAUAAGUAAAAGUUGAUCCGUUUAACGCAGUUUCAAAAUGAAGAAAUACUUUGGCAAUACGAUUGUCAUUUUGUUGAUGACAAUAUUUGUGCCAGUAUUGAUGAAAAAAUCGGAUAGUUUGUCAUCGGUAUUGUGGAAUCUAUUAAAGAUAGAUCAUUUCGAGGAAACUAGACAAAUUUUACUGGAAUACGAUUUUAUAAUAAUCGGUGCUGGUUCAGCAGGAUCUGUCGUAGCUAACAGAUUAACAGAAAAUCCAGAAUGGAAAGUAUUACUGUUGGAAAGUGGAGAAGAGAAGACCAUUGUUUCGGAUAUACCAGCUACAGCAGCUGCUACAUUAAUGACCAAUUCCGUUUAUAAUUACCUGGAUAGUCCGUCAAAAGAAAUAAAUGAAAGCAACGGGUAUUGUUUAUCCUACAAAAAUAAACGUUGUCCUUUAGCAGUAGGCAAUGCUAUCGGUGGUAGCUCCACCGUUAAUUUUAUGAUUUAUGCAAGAGGAACGCCAGAUGAUUUCAAUGAUUGGGCGGCUCUUGGAAAUCCUGGAUGGACUUACGACGAGAUUCUUCCAUAUUUUAAGAAAUCAGAAAAUUGCAAAAUACCCGAUGCGGACAGCAGAUUUCACGGAUACAAUGGAUACUUGGAUGUUAGUUAUGCUUCCUACGAAUCACCGAUUAAAGAGAUAUUUAUAAAUGCUACCAAGGAAUUGGGUUACAAAUUCAUCGAUUACAAUUCCAAAGAGAACAUUGGUUUUUCCACGUCGCAAAGUACUCUGCAUAAUGGGCAUAGAAUGGAUGCCGGUAAGGCAUUCUUGAAACCGAUAAAAAAUCGCAAAAAUCUGUAUUUAUACAAAUCGUCUAUAGUGAUGAAGAUAAUUAUCGACGAAUCAACCAAGACUGCGAUUGGCGUUAAUUUUGAUCAAAACGGGAAAAGUUAUUUUGUCAAAGCUAGUAAAGAAGUAAUCCUCAGUGCUGGUGCUCUAAAUUCACCGAGAUUGUUGAUGCUGUCCGGUAUAGGACCGAAGGAUCAUUUAAAUUCUUUCAAUAUCAACACGAUCGUGGAUCUUCCCGUAGGAUUUAAUUUACACGAUCACGUAGUCACGACAGUUUUUAAUUUUAUGUUAGAGAAACCUGUUAUCGAUAUCAUUCAAAUAAGCAGUAUUUUAAAUUACAUUUUCGAAGGAACUGGUCCAAUGACUGUACCUGGUUUGACAGAAUGUCUUGGUUUUAUAUCAACGGAAAAUGAUAACAAUACAAAAGAAUCGAAUAUCCACGAAAGACGAGACGCAGAGUUGCUACUUGCAUUAGGUGGUUUUGUUGGCGCAGGAUCCGAAUUUUUCCGAAAUAUUAUUCCAUUAUCCGAUGAAUUUUACAACAAUGUUUUUGCCGAUUACGUAGGAUCGAACAGUUUCUCCAUAUUUCCAACAUUGAUGUAUCCUAAAAGUCGCGGUAGAGUUACUUUAAAAAGUACCGAUCCUUUUGAUGACCCUAUCAUAGAUGUUAAUUAUUUUGAUCACGAAGAUGACGCAAAGACCUUAGUUAAGGCAAUCAAAAAGAUGAUCGAAUUAACUUCAUCGAAAUCUUUUGAACGUUUCAACAUCACCAUGGUACCCUUGAAAUUUCCCGGAUGCAACCACACGGAAUAUUUGACGGAUUCUUUCUGGGAGUGUUUAAUUCGGCACACCGCUGGAACAAUAUGGCAUUACGUUGGAACGUGUAAGAUGAGUCCGAGAGAUAAAUCAGGCGUGGUAGAUCAUCGAUUGAAUGUUUAUGGUAUUAAAUCAUUGAGAGUUGUCGACAACAGUAUAAUACCAUUGAUAGUAAGCGGCCAUUUAGUUGCCUCCGCUUACAUGAUUGCAGAAAAAGCUAGUGACAUGAUCAAGGAAGAUUGGAAAAUCACUUAGCAAUUCGUUUUAUUUUUUUUUUCUUUCUUUUCUCUUUCUUUUUUUAUUUAUCUCUUAUUGAAAUAUCCGAAAUAAUAUUAUUAAUAGAUGAUUUAGAAAUAUUCCAAUAAAAUUAUACGCGUGAUGUGAUGGUGUAUAAAGGCCUAACGAUUUUUCUUCGUUUUAUUUAUUCUACUUACUGUUUAGUUUUCGUUAUUAAAGACCCAGUAAAUGAAUUACGUUCAUGCAAAGAGAUCCCAUCAAAAUUAUACAGGGAUCGUAUCAUGCAACACGACUUGUACUAUAUGUACGAACGAAUUUUUACGGAAUGAUACUCCCGUUGAAGUAUGAUACCCUUAACAGGGGUAAACGGAUUAAAUAAUACAAAAAUUCUAUUUAAACUCUGAAAAAUAAAUACUUGAACUUCGUCGAGUGAUUACGUUUAACGCGUUAUACUCGUCGUCAAUUGUCUUUGGUUA